AUCAAUUUAUUAUUUUUAUUUUCAUUUAAUUUAAAAUAUUUUUGUUAAUUUAAAUAUUUUUUUUGUGGGCUAUCCUAAUGUUGUUUAAUUUUGUCUUAUUUACCAAAUUGUUAAUGAUACUUAUUGUAAGAUCAUUGUUGUUGUUUAGUUCAUUUGUCCGUUAGGAUUUUUUUUAUAUUGUUUUGCAUUCCUUUCUGUUCUCAUUUGUUUACGAACUAAACGCAUUCUUUGUCCCUAUAUUCUACUGCAGUAGUUUCGUUCAGUUUAUUUAUUUGGAAAUAAACUGUUGUAAAAAUACAUAGACAAAAGAAUUUGUAGGCUCAGUAUUAACUGACAUUAAUAUUAAAGUUUAGUUUGUUGGGGAUAAAGACUGCGAAAUAAACGGUUGCUCAAAUAUAUGCAUCAUUAAUUUCACAUUUGUGGUUCAUUUAUUUGGGACUUGUUAAAUUCGCUGUCCUCAACAUAAAGGCUCAGGUCGCAGCCAGCGACAAAUUUUAUUUCGCAUUCCUUGGUGCGGUUGUGUUCCAUGUCUGCCGGAACAACGAAAUUUAUUUGAAAUCUUGAGCGAAGGUGUUCCAAGGUGCCUGAACAAGAUAAGCCUUUUUUUUGAUUUGUGGUUCUAAGCUGCCGGAACAAAUAAAAUAUUUUGGAUUUUUGAUUUGUGGUUCCAAGCUGCCGGAACAAAUUGAAAUAAUUGUGAAGUGGUUCUAUAUUUGCUGGAACAAAGUGUUUAAAAUAAUUGUGUGCAUUUUUGUGCUUCCUUAUAUGACGGAACGAGUAAAACUUUUAUUAAGCUGAAUUUGUGUGAAGUUAUUUGCUGUCCUGCCGGAACAAAUUUAUUUUUUGUGAAAUAUUUGGAGUGUGUUGCUGUUUAUUAUUUGUGAUUUGUGUGCCCUUUGAAAACGUUUGAGAUUCGUAAUGCAACGGUCGCCAGCUAGAAAAAGCACUCGUUUGCAGACGGCAACGAGCCAAAAUGUGAAAAGUUCCACGCCUGCCGGAACUGAAAGUUUAGCAAAUGUGUCUCAAAUGCCGUCGGUACAAAAUGUCAAUUCUGUCGCCCCCGGAACAACAACAGCAACUAGUGCCUCCAUAAGUGCCCCUAGAGAACCGACACCUGCCAUAUCAACGCAUAACAUUUUUAGUUCAUCAAUUGAAGAGCCCUUAAGUCUGCCGCCGUUGGUGCCCGGUCCUAAUGCGAGAACCCAGCCACCACAAGCUAUAUCGUCUGAUAAUGAGAACCUGCAACGACAAAUUGAUAUCCUGCAAGCCCAGUUGGCAAACGCUCAACGUGCUUUAAGAGCAAAUCAAAAUUUAAAUAUGCCAAGUGUUAUUGGACAAAAUGCGCCAGUAAUUCAAAGUAUGAGCAGUGGCCCUGAAGACAUGGUUGAUCGUCGGAAUCCAACGCCAUAUUCCUAUGGUAGUCAGUCAGACCAGUUGAUGACAUCUCAGCCUCUUUUUGUUUCCCCUGCUACAGUGUCCAUGCCAGUACAACGCAAACUUUAUGAUCUGCCUGAAUUUUGUGGUACUGCCGAGGACUGGCCAAUGUUUUUGUCUGCCCUUGAACAUUCGACAGCCGCAUAUUCGUACAAUAAUUUUGAAAAUUGUUUGAGAUUGCAGAAGGCUUUGAAAGGUGAAGCCAGAGAGUGUGUGAAGUCGUUGCUCAUCCACCCAAAUAAUGUGCCAACAGUUAUAGAGCAAUUAAAGCUACAAUAUGGUCGCCCAGAGUUGCUUAUUCGAUGCCAGUUGCAACAGAUGAAGGAAGUUCAGCCCAUAGCAGAAAACGCGAUCGAUAAAUUGGUGCCAUAUUCCAUUAAGGUCAGAAAUUUAGCAGCAUUUUUGGAAUCUGCCAAUGGUCAUCAACAUUUGUCGAAUCCAACUCUGAUGGAGGAGUUAGUCCAGAAGCUUCCAAUGAGUAAACGUUUGGAUUGGGUCCAGUUUGCUUCAACUUUACCUCAGUUGCCGACUAUUUCGGAUUUUAGUACCUGGCUCCAGCGUGUUGCAAAUUUGGUAAGAAGUGUGCAAAUAAGUAGUUCAAGUAGCGGUAGAUCUAGCAGUGAUCCAAAAAGAAAAGUGGUUUUAUAUGCUUCUGAUGGCCCAGAACGGCAAAUUGAGUGUGCCUAA